GUCAGCUUACAAAUCUGAAGGAAUGCCCAGGAUGCCAUUCAUUUGACAAGAAAGCACAAGCAACACUGAAGUGGAAGAGUUUGCGUUCCCAGCAGCGUAUGAUGUAUCAGCCUACAAUACUGGGUAGAAGGACAAGUUCACUGAGACCAUGGAUGACAGCCCUUAUUGUCAUAGCUGUUGUGUUGGUUCUAGCAAUAAUCAUCGGUCUCCUUGUUUAUUUUUUGGCAUUUGAUCAGAAAUUUUACUAUUACCAAACCUCGUUCCCGAUCCCCAGUAUUGAAUAUAAUCCUGACUUUUCAGUUGAACACUCAAAAAUGAGACGAGACAUGAAACAAAAAGUCAGUGAUGAGAUAGAUAAGAUAUUUCGAAGAUCCAGUUUAAAUCAUCAUUACAUCAAGUCUCAUGUUGUUGACUUUAGGUCAAGUCAUGAUGGUUUGAAAACAGAUGUAUUGCUUAAGUUUCAGUUUGCUUCUAACAAUGCAGACACGAUAAAAAGGCAAGCUGACAAAAUAUUGCAUCAGAAGUUGAAAUUAAAUGAAAGCUUCUUGAAGAUAGAUACUUCAUUACCUUAUCUUAGAGAUAUGAAUGAAGCACAAGCAGAGCACAUUCUGAACAGCUGUUGUGGAAGAGGGAAGGAGUUUCCUUCCAUGGAAAGAAUUGCUGAGGGUUAUCCUGCAAAAAAAGCUGAUUGGCCAUGGCAAGCCAGCCUGCAAAUAGAUGGCAUUCAUUUCUGUGGAGCUUCUUUGAUCAGUGAGGAGUGGCUCCUGACUGCUGCUCAUUGCUUUGAUAUUUACAAAAACCCCAAACUCUGGACGGCUAGUUUUGGAACAACUCUCAGCCCUCCAUUGAUGAGAAGAAAGAUACAAUCAAUUAUCAUUCACGAAAACUAUGCUGCCCAUAAUCAUGACGAUGACAUCGCUGUGGUGAAGCUCUCCACCCCAGUCCUAUUUUCCAGUGAUGUGGGCAGAGUCUGCCUCCCAGAUGCUACUUUUGAAGUCUUGUCUCAGAGUCCAGUGUUUGUCACUGGAUGGGGAGCAUUAAAAGCUAAUGGUCCCUUUCCCAAUGCUCUGCGACAAGUCGAAGUAGAGAUCAUAAGUAACGAUAUAUGUAAUCAAGUUCAUGUAUAUGGUGGUGCCGUAUCAUCAGGAAUGAUAUGUGCUGGAUUUUUAACAGGAAAACGAGAUGCCUGUGAGGGUGAUUCUGGAGGACCUCUUGUUAUAGCUCGUGAUAGAAGCAUCUGGUAUCUUAUUGGAAUAGUAAGCUGGGGAAUAGACUGUGGAAAAAAGAACAAGCCUGGACUUUACACCAGAGUAACUCGUUAUCGGGACUGGAUUAAAUCUAAAACCAACAUCUAAUGCAACAAUCACCUCUACAUCCGCAGUGUAAAUGAGGUCUCUAGGAAAUUGUGUUUAGUAUGUGUUGCCAUGUAUACUGUCAUUGAGUUCAAGAUGCAAAUAAGCGUAAUCUGACAACACGCCUCUUAAACAUGAGAAAAGCAGACAUUCUUUUACAUCAUUUGAAGUGUUUUGCUAACCAUGAGCGUACAAGAUACUGUCAACUCCACAAAUAUCUGCCCACUGCUGCUAAGUGUCUCUCAUUAUCUCCUUGCUCAUCUUCCUGUUCCUACUACAUACUUCUUUUUUUAGAAUAAUCCCAUUUAAUCAGACAAAUACCCACUGGCUAAACAUUCUCUAUUUUUCUCCCUGACGGGGCAUGUUACCCUUCCCUGACUCCACAGUUUUUAACUUCUCCACUAAAUAAUCCUCAUUAAGAAUCUGUAGGCUCAUGGUACUAGACAAAUCAAGGUAAUUCGUUUUGGCAAAUGCUAACACAAAUGUGGUGGGGCACUAGAUGGGAACCUGGGACUUACAAGAUGGCACUACUAUGAGUCCUUCCCUUUAGUCCUCAGAUGCACACGUACCUCUCUUUGAAACAUGAAGAACAUUGACUUUUACAUUUACACCCAAUAGUACAGAUUUUAAACUCUUUAAACUACUACCUAAUAUAUACCUUGAAACAAUGAAUACAUCUGUAGACCAGACAGCAAAACUGGAAACAAUGCCUAGCACAGGGUUCUGUUCGACGCUACCCCAAAAUGCUUUUUUGAUAUUUAGGGGAAAAAAAAAACAAAAUUUCUUGUCCUUAUUGUUAGGUGGAAAUAAGAAGAGAAAAAGGACUCCUCGAGAAGGAGCUACUUUCCAUCUCUAAAAAUGAGAGAAGUUCCAAACCUAAUGUAAAUUUACUUUCCACUUCUGUUUUAUUAUAUCUUAAUGCAUUUUAUUUUCUAAAUGGUUUUAUUUUCAAACAACUUCAGAACAUGUAAGGAACCCACAGAAUUAGAAAUCAGUAUAAAUUACAUAUUUGUAAAUAACUUGAGAAGCCAGUAUAAAAUUAGACAUCCACAAACAAUUUGAUACAAGAUUUUGAAAAAGACCUUAUUGUCUAAUAUUUAAAUUUCCUAUUAAGAAAGUGCUGGCAUUCUUUGACGUAUGGUAUUUUUAGAGAAUAUUCAAAUAAUUUAGAAAGUCUCUGGAGAGAUUUAACUUGUAUGAUAAAACAGUCAUUUUCAUAUGUAUUUAAGUGUAUAUUUUGUGACACUGUAUAUGACUAUGGACUAGUAUGGAACAAAACUCAAACCUCUUCUGUGCUUCUAAAUCCUUGCUCCCCCCUCUCCAUCAUGAUUAAUUUGGCUAAUGAAAUAACUGCUGCGCUAAGAUUUUCUUCUGAGUUUUAUAUCAGCUGAGAGUCUCUCUUGUCCCACAUACAUAAUAUUAUAUUGUAUACAUUAAAAUAUAUUUAUAAUAAUAAACUCAAACUAAUUUUCUUUGAAUCAUGACUAUAUUGCAUUAUACUUUUUCAACUUUUGCCCUACUGACAUUAGUCAAAGAUAAUUCUUUAUUGUGAGGGAAUGUGGCAGCUAUCCUGUGAAUCAUAGAAUAUUUAGCUACAUUCCUUACGGCUAUACACUGUGCCAGUAGUAAUCCCCACCAAGUUGUAACAACCAUAAACGUAUCCAGAUAUUGUCAAAUGUCUACCAGGGGGGCAAAAUCACCCCCUAAGAACCACUGCCAUUGUAUCAACAGAGGAAAAAAUCAUUAUUAAAAACCUU